AUGGCCUUGCCGGCAGGGAGGACCAAUCUUCGGUUUGGAGUCACCAUGCUGAAGCUAGCUCUGGUACUCUCCAUAAGCACUAGCUGGUUCAGUCCGGUCCUUGCCAGUUUCAUCCGGUUCAAACCGGACACCGAGUACGUCUACACCUUCCAUUCCUCCACGGAACUGAAGAUGGUUCGGACGCUGCAGGCCGAGUCUAAGGUAUCGAGACCAUUCAACUUGAUGGCAAUAGUUGAGCCACAAUAUGGAGCCACUGACGUUGGUCUCUCGUCAAGCCAGCGACACAUCCGUGGAAAAGAUGAAUCCCCUGAUUCUGUGGACGUGUCUUGCUUUGGGACUCGGGGUUACAGCAACCCGUCCGCGUGGACCGUUCAACUCGGUAAGCUGUAUGCAUCCAGUAACAUCGACGCGUCUAACGGCGAGUACGAGAGCGGCGUGUCACAGGUCAUCAUUCAAGAGGGCUACAACCAAGUCACAUCGGAUAAUGACAUCGCUGUCAUGGUGUUGUCCAACCCGCUCCCAGCGUCCAAUAGCUUCGUCAACUUUGCCUGUCUGGACUUGAAUAGGACCAGAACCUUUGAUUCUACCUCCAACUGCUUCACCAGUGGAUUCGGCGCUCUUUCUUCUGGAGGUAGCUUGGCAACCGUUCUCCAAGAGGCAAAUGUUCCACUCAUUCCUAGGACUACGUGCAACGGACCCUACAACUACGACGGCGAAGUAACCACGAACAUGCUGUGUGCUGGCUACGUUGAGGGCGGUAUUGACUCCUGCCAGGGUGACUCUGGUGGCCCAUUGGUGUGCGCAUCAAAGGACAACGCAGCUGACGUCGAACGCUGGUACCUGGUCGGGGUUACCAGCUGGGGAUAUGGCUGUGCUCAGGCCAACUAUCCAGGUGUCUACACUGAUGUGUCCCAGUACAUAGACUGGCUGCAGACCAAGAUGGCCUAGAUGACAAACGUUGGCAAAUAUCGGUGUCACUUUAGGUAGUCAGGAUAUAAGACACGUUUUUAGGGUGCAGAUCAGUAAAUGGACCCGAAAUAUCUAUGCCGGACGAAUCACGAUUUGUAGGCCUUUACUGUCAAAUUCUCUCUUGAUAGAGGGUGAACUUAAUGACCAUAGCUUUAUUAUAAACUAGGGAAGUAAGCUUGUUAUUGUUAUCAUGCACCACUCAUCUCCAUUGUCUUGGAAAUGGUCUGUGAAAACUAUCUUGGGAAAGUUUGGUGUAAAACGUGAGCUUAUCCAGACUCGCAUCUAGGUUCAAGCAGUACCUUAUGAAAACAUAAACAAACAAGAUGUUUGUCUUUUGAUGACCUUUUGCUGCAGCUGAGUUGUAUUUUGUAUACGUAUGUUAAAUGGUAUCUUCUGACAUCUUCUGACAUAUGCAAUAGCCCACGUACACAUUGUUGUCAGGAAUCGAUGACAUGUACACCAACUUUUUGGAGACACAGAUAUUGCGCCAAAUCUUUCUGUAUAGAAUGGCCUCUAAGGUCACCAGGUUGAACUUCUUGUUUGGUGGGGUAUUUAACCAGGUUUUUAGCAAUCCGCCUCCUAACCUUCAGGAUUUGUAGGGUCUGCAAUAUUCAGACAGGCCAUGGAAGAUAUGCUCCGAAGAUACACUUGGCCAAGGUGUUUAAUCUAUAUCUUCAUCAUUUGACAGAAAACCUGUUUUGUUCAUGUGUUCAUAAAUUCAAUUCACCUUGAAUCUACCUCUCUUCAUGUCCGGAUGUACUUAUCUUUGACUUCUAACUGUCAAAUGAAGAUUUUCGAAUACCUUUGUCAAGACUAUGGACCUAAGUGAUGCUUGUCCAGAGAAAUGCAAACAGGAUGAGAGUGGACAACUAACUGCACCUAGGCAUAGGCCUACAGUUUAUG